AUGACUGACCACGCGCCCGCGCCAAGGAAGCAGUACGACCCUUACUCAAGCACCUACAACCCCGGGUGGAGAGAUCAUCCCAACCUCAGUUAUGGAGGGAAUAGGCAACCCAACUUUACACCGAACAGGCAGUCUAACUUUGUGCCAAAUAAGCCACCAGGGUACCAGCAGCAAUACCAAUCCCGACCACCUCCGCCCCCAAGCUCUGGUCCAUCUUUGGAGGAGAUGAUGAAACAAAUGAUGACAACCAUGGCGCAAAAUCAACAAAUGAUGACAACCAGUAUGCAAAAUCAGCAAAGGACGGACUCCGAAAUGCAGGAUAUAAGGAGUCAGAUAAGUCAAAUGGCCACAACAAUCAACCGUUUGGAGUCCCAAGUAAAUGGAAGAUUGCCAUCCCAACCUGAACUGAACCUGAAGAACGUAAGCGCAAUGACUUUAAGGAGCGGGAAGGAAAUUCAGGGGCCUGAACUUAUGAUCCCUAAGGAUAAGGAUGAGGAAAAGAUCGAAAAUGAACUUAAGAGGGAGGACAGCAAUGGUGCAGAUCUAAAGGUACUUCCAGACCCAGUAAUUACAGUUAAAACUAAUCCCCCUCCAUUUCCUUGCAGGUUGGAAAAAUCGAAGAAGCAGGACAAGGAGAAAGAGAUCCUGGAGGUGUUUCGCAAGGUAGAGAUCAAUAUCCCCCUACUAGACGCCAUCAAGCAAGUGCCGAAGUAUGCAAAAUUUCUGAGGGACCUAUGUGUCAAUCGAAGGAGGCUGAGGGGAGAUGAAAGAGUUAUUGUUGGGGAGAAUGUGUCAGCAGUUCUCCAAAGAAAGCUACCACCAAAGUAUGGGGAUCCAGGUAGGUUUACUGUCCCAUGCAAGAUAGGUAAUACUCUGAUUAGAAAUACCUUGCUGGAUUUAGGAGCAUCGAUCAACGUAAUGCCAAAAUCUAUGUAUGCUUCUCUUCUCGGUCCAUUAAAAGAAACCGAGAUAAUAAUUCAAUUAGCUGACCGAACAAAUGCAUACCCUGAUGGGUUGGUCGAGGAUGUGCUGGUUAAAGUUAAUGAAUUGAUAUUCCCGGCUGACUUUUAUGUACUUGACAUGGAAGAUGAUCAUUCCCCUGACCCCUCACCUUUGCUACUAGGUAGACCCUUUUUUAGCACAGCACAGACAAAAAUUGACGUUUAA